ACAUUUAUCGCACGUUGCAUUUUUAGUUAAGUCGUUUAACGGUGCAGCAGGUGGUUUACUGCUUGUAAACAUUAACUCAGUGCUACGUCGACCAUGGAUGACCAUAUAGCUGCCAUGUGUGAACAGCUUAUUAAGGCUGUGAACGUAACCAUGGAUGCGGAAUCGAGUCAAAUAUACCGUCUGGAGGCCCUUAAGUUUUUCGAGGAGUUUAAAGACAAAAGUCAACUGUGUGUCCCAUGCGCCUUACGUCUAGCCGAUAAAGCCCAGCCUGCCGUAAUCAGGCAUUUUGGGUUGCAAGUUUUUGAACAUGUCAUCAAGUUCCGAUGGAACGAUAUGGAACAACCAGAGAAAAUCCAGGUCAAAGACUGCACCAUGCAACUGUUGUCAAACGGUACACAUUCGAUCCUGGAGGAGGAAACCUACAUCAAGGAUGUUCUCUCUCGUGUGGUGGUGGAAAUGAUCAAGAGGGAAUGGCCGCAAAAUUGGCCGAAUAUGCUUAAGGAAAUGGAAACUCUUUCGAGCGAAGGGGCGGCCCAGACGGAGUUGGUGAUGCUGAUCUUGCUGAGGCUGGCGGAGGAUGUGAUCACCUUCCAGACGCUGCCUAGUCAGCGCCGCCGAGACAUCCAGCAGACGCUCUCGCGAAACAUGGACAGCAUCUUCAGCUUCCUCAUGAGCAUUCUACACCAAAACAUCGAAGAGUACCAAAAAAUGAAAGGGUCGCCACAACAUGAAAUGAAGGCCAGGGCUCACUGCAAAGUGGCCGUGGCGACCCUGAACACGCUGGCCGGCUACAUCGACUGGGUGUCUCUGGUAUACAUCACAUCGGGCAAUUGUCGUCUGCUGGAGAGCUUGUGUCUGCUACUGAGCGAGCCGGACCUUCAGCUGGAGGCGGCCGAGUGCCUCCUGAUCGCCAUCAGCCGCAAGGGCAAGCUGGAGGAAAGGAAACCGUUUAUGCUGCUCUUUGAUGACGUCGCCAUCAAUUACAUGCUUUCCGCAGCCCAGUCAGCAGAUUGCUCAGCCUCCUCUAAAACGCAACCAAUUGAGAUGGUGGAGCGGCACUACGUGUUCCUCAAGAGGCUGUGUCAGGUGCUGUGUGCACUGGGAACCCAGCUCAUCUCACUGGUGGGUUCUGAUGUCAAAGUGAACGUUCCUGUAAACCUCAGCAAGUACUUGGAAGCCUUGUUGUCUUUCACGAUACAUUCCAGCUUGUUUCUGAGGUCGUCCACCAUGGCUACGUGGACGUCCAUGUUCAAACACGAGACGCUCUCCCAGCAGCCCGUUGUUGUGGAAGUGGCCCUCAAGUUCCUCAGGACGGCCAUUAGCAACCUCCUCAAGAUGGGUUUCCCUACCAGGAACGAUCACCCGAGUUGUCAGUAUUCCCGUGUGGACUUUGACAGUGACGAAGAUUUCAGAUAUUUCUUUAGCUUGUUCCGCGCUCAACUGGGAGAGAACGUGAGGUGGGCAAGUCGCCUCGUUCCCUUGGAGGCUUUUCAGAUGGCCGCUACGUCGCUGCAGUACCAGCUGGGCAAUGCCACUCCUCUGGUCGAGGGGCGCUGCUCGCUUUUCUCCACGCCACUGCUGGAGUGGGACGCCGUGACCGUGUUCGUUGAGUGCGUGUUGUCCCAGAUGUUUAAUGGCCUCGCGGACGAGAAGUUGCCCGUGGACGGCGGCGUCGAGCUGCUGCAGGCCGUGCUGAGCUACAACACCCAAGAUCCUCUCAUCAUGUCCUGCGUGAUCAGCAACAUGUCGGCGCUCUUUCCCUUCGUCAAGCACAGACUCCAGUUCUUGCCUCGGGUCCUUUGCAAGCUGUUUGAAGUUCUUACAUUUGAGGCUGUUCAAGAAAAUCAGGAAGUCAAGGCACCACGCACCCGAGGUGUAAAUAACGUGAGGAGGCACUCGUCCUGUGCCAUCAUCAAAAUCUGCAGAGAUUUUCCACAGUUGAUUUUGUCUUAUUUCGACAUGUUUUACAACCACGUGAAGACGCUGUUCUCCAGCGACGCCACGCUUACCGUUCUGCAGAAGUACGCCCUGGUGGAGUCUCUGGUGCUGAUCAGUAAUGAGUUCAAGGAUUUUGAGAAGCAGAAGGCUUUCUUAGAUGAGCUGCUGGCCUCCAUGAUGGCUGACUGGACCUCAAGCGCUACCAAGCUAGUGCUUUCCACUCCCGCCAUGUUCUUAUCCUUCGUCGGAGCCGACCAGGUUGCCAGCGAGCAGCACCAAGAAGAGGACUCUGUCGGUACCAACAGGGGGAGGCUGGGCUACUGUCUGAGUUGCAUGUUGGCCGUGGUGAAGCGGUCGCGCUGUCCCGCCGACCCGGAAGCCGCCAAAGCCGCAGGCUUCCUCGUGGGCCACUCGCCGUCGGGCUCUCCCAUCUACCGAAACCCCUGCGCCACCCAGUUUUUGGCUUUCCUGCCUAACCUUCUGGCUCUCAUCAAAACUUUAAACAGUUUGUUUGCGCCGGAGAACAGAGCUCACCUGAGUGAGAACUUCACCAGCGUGUUCGACCUGACGGAAGGAGAGAAGAAUGUGGUUCUCGGUCUGUCUCAAGGCGUUCUGGAUUCGUACGACACGCCGGCAUUCAAAACCAACCUGGAGCGCAUGCAGUUCUUUCUCACCCAGCUGUACGACAACUGUUUCCAAAUCCUGGGACACGCCGGCGUCUCACUGCAGCAGGAGUUCUUCAACAUCGACAGGCUGGCCGAAGAAAUCGCCGCUUCGGUUUUCUUCUCCCUCGACCACGUGCCGGACUACAGACUUCGACCCAUCAUUCGCUUUUUCCUAAAGCAAAUGGUGGUGUCGUGUCCAGCCAAUUACAACGACAGUCUCCUCUGCCCCCUGCUCGGCCCGUUCUUCAGCUACGUUCUGCAGCGAUUAAACGUGAAGUGGCAAGUCAUUCUCCAGAGGGCUUCUGUCAAUGGUGAGGAGGAAGAGGAGGAGGUAGUGAGUCAGGAGAGUCAAGUGACAGAGGAGAUGUUGGAGGAGCAGCUGGUGCGUCUUCUCACCAGGGACAUACUGGAUUUCAUCACUGCAUGCUGCAUUUCAAGGAAAUAUCCCGAAGCUGCUGUCAAACAGGAGGAAAUAGAAGAGGAGGACAUGAUGAUGGAUGCUCCGCAGGCGUCAUCUACUGCCGCGGUCACGAAUGAGCUCACUGAGCUGGGCAAAAGCCUCAUGAAGGAUGAGAACAUCUACAUGACCCUGUUGUCCUUUUCCUUCACCUCGCUGUCAUGGAAGGACGCCACGUACUGCCACCGCACGGCUUCCAUCAUCUGCUGGACCCUUCUGCGGCCGGUGGUUGGAUGUAACCUUCUCCCUGAGGCGGUCUCUUGGUUCUUCGUCAGUGUCCUCAAAGGCCUCCAGACACACGGGCAGCACGAGGUGUGCAGCGUCAGCCUCUCGCUGCUGGCCAUGCAACUCUACGAAAGCCUGCGCGGUCGUUACACAGAUCUGAGGACGGUGAUGACCCAGAUCCCCAAUAUCAAUAUCGAGUCCCUGGACAUGUACGAUCGCGGGCUGCUGGAGCCCACGGCGCAGAAGCUCGGCGAGAAGAAGAGGAAAGAAAAGUUCAAGAGACUCAUCGCUGGGACCGUGGGGAAAGCUCUGUGCCAGCAGUUCAGAAAAGAAGUCCACAUCCGGAAUCUUCCAUCUCUCGAUAAGAAGGCGAAGCAAGACAGGGAUUUGCUGUGCAGCGACGAGGCGACCGGGCUCACGGCGCUCUUCAGCCACAGAGAAUAACUUUUUGGAGGAGGCGACAGCUUCUCUAAUGAACUCCGAGCACGAGGUGUGCUGCUCUCAAUAUAUCGUUAACCUAAAAGUUUAAUUCCCCGCGGAAAAAAAAUCUGCUAACAAGAAGAGUCCAGUUUCCUUGUGUCAACAAUGACCUGAGAAUCGACUGUCAUUUUAGUAAGCACAUUUGUUUUUUCAUCGAUAUUAUGACAGCAAGUUAAAAACGACUUGGGCAAUUCUGUUGUUAGGCUAACGAUAUGUUGUCAACGUCUCACUGCGUAUGCUUGCUAUCAUUAUUCUCAUUUUUCUUUCUUUAAUUGCAAAGCAAGGUAAUUUCAACGAGGAGGAAUAUUUUCCCCUCAUCCACAAUAAUCAGUUCCUGGACGUGCUCACGUUGUUUUGCAUCAAAAUUGUUAUUACGGUGUGUUUAAGUUAAACUAAAAGGAGGCUUGAUGCUCUUUCUUUUUUUUUUUAUGAACUGAAUUUUACUGAAUUAAAUAUAUUCUGGAAAAUCUUAUUUGGUACCUCAUGUAGGAAUUUUCCUAUGGUGACAAUUUGAUAGUGUAAUAAGCUAUUCUGUAUUGUAUGUUAUGUGCCAUACUUGGUAUUUGUCACUUCUAAUCAGCAAUCCAAGGACUAUUUCACGUUCCGUCAUAUUUUUCUCCCCCCCGUUAUUUACCACGGUAUCAUGUUUAAACAAAGCCACAUAAUUCUUCCAUGUGUUCAUGACAUAAAAAAAAAAAUGAACCUGUGAUACAUUCCUCUAUUGUCCAAGGAAUUUUAAUUUCAUUUUUUCUGCUUUUAAUGAGCAGUGAAAGAAAUGAUGAAUUUUCAUGAUGUAGAUUUAGCCCUUUGUAUUAUUAGUUUUGAUUUUCAUUUCUUUGUAAGGAUGCAGAAUGGCAGCUCAACAGAUGUACCAAAUAAGGUGACAGGAACAUUCACGUCAGUCUCUGGUAAUUGUCCAUUGAAAAACAAAUAUUACUUGUAACACUAAAAUGACCUGUAAAAACAAGGGAAAAAAGCUUUUGUAAAAGUUUAGUGUGGGUUAUAGUUGACUUUUGAAUAAAUAAUAAAAAGUUAUGUUUUUGGCUUG